ACUGUAAACCAGUAGUACACUGGAUAUUGUAUUUCGUUUGUGGAUGUUUUGCUGGUGUAAUUUGGUGACCGUGCGGUAACGAAAGCAUUAAAUGGAACUGGAAAAUCAACGGUCUUCAGAUCUGAAACGCAUGGGACGUCUAGUUCCUGUCAUGCUAAAAUACACUUAUAACAAGAUGUAACUUUUUAAGAAAUUGAAUUUAUACCCUCUCAAUACGCAAAACCUGUUUUAACUGUCUUUAUUUUGCACGGUGAACUAUUAACUACAAUGUCAGACCCUAACGACCAGAAGACUCAUCACCUAACUUCACAUGCACCUUCAGGUGGGAAUGCUACUAAUGGAAAUGGAGGUAUGCAUUGCUGCAAUAGGGGGCGAUAUAGAGCUUUCCAACCAAAAAUUAGUAACGUUUACCGAAUCGACGAGUUUCAGAUGCGAGGAGGACAGCUGGAAGUGUGUCCUUCACUAGUAACCACGGACGCGGGAUCUGUAUGUUCUGACCGUGCUUCGUCUUAUCAGAAGCCAGAACAAAGUGAUGAGCCAGAAGACGGUCGCGUCAGUGACGAUAACAGUGGAGAGCGACAUAAAGAGGGCACAUGUAGUCAAUUACAAGGUGAGAGUGGCGAUUACGAGAGAGUGAGUUCUUGUUCAGGUGUGGGUCUUCUCGAUGCGCGACUAGGUAAGAAAAAACACCGGCGGCGACCUUCCAAGAAGAAACGACGCUGGAAGCCGUACUAUAAAUUGUCGUGGGAAGAGAAGAAGGAGCUCGACGAGAGAGAGACAGCGCGCGCAUCUCGGGUGCGAGCCGAGAUGUUUGCCAAAGGUCUCCCAGUAGCUCCAUACAACACCACGCAGUUCAUAAUGGAGGAGCACGAUCGUGAAGAACCCGAUCUUAACACUGAGCUGGGUGUCCGAAGAUCGUUAGGGAUCGGUCCCCUGGAAGAGUCUGCAAGUGACGAUGACUAUUUAGACGCUGAAGAUGAGGAUGAAUGCAGCGGCGCUGGUAGCGAUGGUGCGGGCAGACCAGGAAAUGCCGGAGGGGAGUUCCUUCAGCGCGACUUCUCCGAGACUUAUGAGAGGUACCACGUUGAGAGUCUCCAGAAUAUGACAAAACAGGAACUAGUGCAUGAGUACCUGGAGUUGGAAAAAUGCAUGUCGCGUCUAGAGGAGGAGAAUAACCGAUUGCGGUGUACCGGGGGAAGGCCGUACAUCAGCGCCACACAGCCAGACGCUUCACUCCUCAAACAGCUGGAAAUGGAACUAGAAAAACUGCGAGCCCAGAACAGCGAACUGCGAAAGCAGAACCAGCUGUACCAAGAGACAGGACUCCCUCCCCCUUCUGGAAAGUAACAACGGGACAAAUCAUGGAGUGAAUUCAACGUAAAUCCCGACUGCUGUUCCUGCAUUAGGCAUGUAACUUUUAUGUGCCGUAGAAACACUUAGUCGGUUUAAUGACGAUUAACUGAGUUUGCAGUAAUUCCCUUUUAACUUUAAUGCUACGUUCAGACCCAAGGUUCUCAUUUUCAUACAAAGGAACAUAAACAUUUCAGUUUAAGUGAAAGACUGAAGUGCGUGGAAGAUUGCUUUACUCAGACGUAUAAAACUGUUAUAUGUUACCAGAGAAGCUUUUCCUUUUCAGAUUUUGGUUUGACAGCUUCUCUAGAAUUAUUUCUACAAUUAAAUUUGCAGUUAUAAAUGGUUUGUUUGUAAAUUCUGGUAACCAUAGAAUCAGUAAACUUUGUGCUAUUACUGCCUUCUCAGGUGGGUAGUAAGGAUUGGUUUAAAGGAUCACUUUAAGAGAAGAUGUAUAGAAAUUCCAUUUAUAAGAUUUGUGUGAUGAAAUAUAGGAAACAAACCUAGAAUGUCACAAUGCAGGGUAUGAGUUAUACUCCUGCAAGCAUAGCAGUAGCAUCAGAAAUGGCAUAGCCAUUCAUGGGGGAAAUGACAUUCAUUUUAUAAAAUUGUCUGUGAUUAAACAGGACAACCUUACUGCAUUGUGAACUUAAAUACAUUUUCUCAAGAAGCAGAAAGUCUUUGGACGCUUCAUUAUCUCCCUGGAAAUGAUACUUCAGACUCAAUGUACACAGUCUCUGAUAUGCCGGCAUUUAAUCUCAGUGUGCUGUGCUUUUUACUGAGUUUAGUUUCUUUUAGCAUGCAAAAAUUCAUCACACAAUGCAUACUGGGUGCACAGGACACAGUUUACAUAUACUUUGUGCUGUAACUGCCUUCUCUGGUGGGCAGUAAAGAUUGGUUUAAAGGAUCACUUUAAAAGAGGGAUUUUCAAAUAAUACAGAAAUUAUUUUUUAUAUAUUGGAAGAGCACUGUGGUAAAAACUGUCCCUUAAUAAACAUAUAAUGCAUA